AUGGUGUUUGGCAAGGUGCACGAGGGCAUAACUGCUCUCCUGGAGCUUUCUGGACUUGACGAGGCCAACAUCAAGAUCCUCACUACUACUGCUUUGCUUCCUGACAACAACUAUUCAGCUAAGAACUGGUACAUUAUUGCCGUCUCUUCGUUCUAUGUCUUUGUUAUUUGUGAAUUGGGCUCGGGAUUGAGGUCCUUGUUGAUCUCCUCAAUGGGUACUUAUGUCAUUACCAGGUACUUGAAGUCAGACUCGAUGCCAUGGAUCAACUUUCUAUUCUUGAUGGGCCACUUGCUUUCCACGCACGUUAUUUUGCAAUUCUUCAACGACUAUGAUGCUACGGUGAUUGACAUUACUGGUGCUCAAAUGGUCAUGGUGAUGAAGCUUUCUGCGUUUGGAUGGAACGUGCACGAUGCCAAAGUGCCCAAGGAGCAAUUGACUGAGUAUACGAGAGCCAGGGUUAUUAAGGAACACCCUAAUCUCUUGCCUUACCUUGGAUACGUCUUCUUUUAUCCUUCCUUGUUGACUGGACCUGCGUUUGACUACAUUGACUAUGACAAGUUCAUCCAUUCUACCUUGUUUGACGAUGUCCCUGAAGAUAAGCGUCCAGGCAAACGUAAGAGAAGAAUUCCCAGAUCAGGUAAGCAAGCUCUCUCCAAAGUGCUCGAAGGUAUUUUUUGGGCAGUGCUCUUUAUUGUGAUGCCAAAAAUUGUUUCAUUGGACUAUGCACUCGAUCUGGGCUUUGUCACUGAUAAGUCGUUUUUCUUCAGAAUUUUCUACUUGUGGGUUUUGGGACUCACUUACCGUCUCAAGUACUAUACUAUUUGGCUGAUUGCUGAAGGUGCUUGUAUCUUGUGUGGAAUUGGCUACAAUGGGUAUGAUGCAGAGACCGAUCUGUUCAGAUGGGACAGGGUUCAAAACAUCGACCCUCUUGCCUUUGAGACUGGCCAGAACGUCCACACAUGUCUUGAAGCCUGGAAUAUGAACACCAACAAAUGGUUGAAGCAUUACAUUUACGUGAGGUUGGCUAGACCUGGAAAGAAGCCUGGUUUCAAGAGUACGCUUUGCACCUUCGCUACUAGUGCUGCCUGGCACGGUACUAGACCUGGCUAUUACCUCACUUUCGUCAUGGGUGCAUUCUUGCAGACUAUGGGUAAGCUUUACCGCAGAAACAUCCGCCCAAUGUUCUUGGAGGCCGAUGGUAAAACACCCAAGAGUUCUAAGAAGUUCUACGAUGUCUUGUCGUAUAUUGUAACCCAAUUGGCGUUUGGAUUUAUUGUGCAGCCGUUUGUCAUUUUGGACUUCAAGACGUCGCUUUAUUGCUGGAACACUGUCUACUUCUACGUCAUAGCUGGUGUGGCUGGAACGUUAUUCCUUUUCAAGGGUCCAUUCAGUAAAAAUGUCAUUGGAUUCUGCCAGUCACAUCUGGCCAGUUAUAAACCUGCUGACAAGAAGAAGGCGGAAGAGGCGAAACCAGCUGUGCUCUCGCCAGAUGAAACUUCGAAGAUCCACCAAACCGUUGGCAAAGUGCUCAAGAGAGAGGGAUCGUACACUAUGCCAACGCUUGGUCUUCCAUCGAUAGACGACCUAGAAGACCUCUCUAAAGAAGAGCUCGAAGAAGAUAUGCAUGAGCUCCAGCUAGCGUGGGAAUCUUUCAAAGAUCGCAAGGGCCUCGAGCAUGAUAUCAAGGACUUGAAAGAUGCCUACAACAACUUCACCACCGAGAUCGAAGGAAUCUUCGAGGAGCAAAAGCAAACCUUAGAGAAAAAAAAGAAGAAGGCAGAAAAGGACGAAUAA